AGUUAUGCACCCUACCCCCCUAAUUUUAACAUCCGCCCUUCUUAUCAUUUUUGCUCUUCUUACUUACCCAGUUUUAACCACCUUUUCCCCUAACCCUUUACCACAAAGCUGGUCAUCAACACAUGUUAAAUCUGCAGUUAAGAUAUCAUUUUUUACUAGCCUCAUCCCCCUUAUUAUUUUUCUGAAUGAUGGGAGUGAAGCUAUUAUCACCUCAUUCACAUGAAUAAGCUUGUCAACAUUUGACAUUACUCUUAGCUUCAAAUUUGAUAUAUACUCAAUUAUUUUCACCCCCGUUGCUCUUUACGUCACCUGAUCAAUCUUGGAAUUUGCCUUUUGAUAUAUACACUCGGACCCUGCUAUAAAUCGAUUCUUUAAAUACCUCCUUAUCUUCCUAAUUGCAAUAAUUAUCUUAGUAACAGCUAACAAUAUAUUCCAAUUAUUUAUUGGCUGAGAAGGGGUAGGCAUCAUAUCUUUCCUGCUUAUCGGCUGAUGGUAUGGGCGAGCGGAUGCAAAUACAGCAGCAUUGCAAGCAGUACUUUAUAAUCGUAUUGGUGACGCAGGCUUGAUCCUUGCCAUGGCUUGAAUAGCAAUAAACCUUAACUCGUGGGAUAUUCAUCAAAUUAUCUCACUCUCUAAAGACAUAGACCUCUCUCUCCCGCUUGUUGGUCUUAUUUUGGCCGCUAUGGGUAAAUCCGCUCAAUUCAGUCUUCACCCUUGAUUACCUUCUGCAAUAGAAGGCCCUACCCCAGUUUCCGCUUUACUCCACUCAAGCACUAUGGUUGUAGCAGGUAUUUUUUUAAUAAUCCGCAUAACCCCUUUAAUGCAAAAUAACCCAGCAGCUAUAACACUUUGCCUAUGUCUUGGUGCAUUAACAACCCUCUUUACAGCAAUCUGCGCCCUGACACAAAAUGAUAUUAAGAAGAUCAUUGCAUUUUCUACAUCAAGCCAGCUUGGCCUUAUAAUAGUAACUAUUGGACUCAACCAACCACAUCUCGCUUUUCUACACAUUUGCACACAUGCCUUCUUUAAAGCUAUAUUAUUCCUUUGCUCAGGCUCCAUUAUCCAUGCUCUAAAUGAUGAGCAGGAUAUCCGUAAAAUAGGGGGUAUACACCGCUUAGUCCCUUUCACUUCAUCCUCAAUAGCAUUAGGAAGUUUAGCAUUAACGGGGAUACCUUUCCUAUCAGGUUUCUUUUCGAAAGACCCAAUCAUUGAAGCCUUAAAUAACUCAUACCUGAACGCCUGAGCCCUCCUCAUUACACUUUUUGCUACUUCACUUACAGCCGUAUACAGCCUUCGUAUUAUCUUUUUUGUAUGCAUAGGAAACCCUCGAUUCAACGCGCUAUCGCCUAUCAAUGAAAAUAACCCUUCGGUUAUUAACCCUAUUUUACGCUUAGCAUUAGGAAGUGUUGUAGCCGGCUUACUUAUUUACACAAAUAUACCAGUUUCAAAAACCCCUGUGAUAACUAUACCUAUAUUUAGUAAGGUGGCAGCCAUUCUUGUUACUAUUACAGGCCUUCUGGUAGCAUUAGACCUUGCUUCGAUAACCCAUAAACAAACCAUUAUACCCCGGUACAUGCCCCCCUAUCGCUUCUCUAACUCAUUAGCCUUUUUCCCGAUUAUUAAUCAUCGGAUUUUUCCUACAAAAGUGUAUGGUUUUGGACAAAAAAUUGCCACCCGAACAAUAGACCUAGUUUGGCUAGAGAAAUAUGGACCUAAAGCCGUAGUGUCUGUUAACACCACUUUAGCCCCUGUGGUUAGUAACGCACAAAAGGGCUCAAUUAAAACCUAUAUAAUAUCGUUAUUACUAACCCUAUUUUUAACUGUAUUGAUUUUUAACCUUUAAAUAGCACGUAAAGAUCCUCGCUCAAACCCACGUGUUAACUCUAAAACAACAAACAAUGUAAGCAAUAGGGCUCAAGCACUAAUAAUUAGUAUUCAACGACCUGAUAAAUACAUUAUACCUACUCCACACGUAUCCUGGCGUAAUAACCCUAAACUUCCUAUUUCUUCCAAAGGUAUAAUAAGCACCUCGAACCACCCACUUCAACAAUAGCCGAAAGAAACUACUACUAUUAAUAAGUAAAGUACUAUGCGGCUAAAUACAGGUCAACUACCCCAGCCUUCAGGGUACUGUUCAGCAGCCAAAGCUGCUGAAUAAGCAAAAACAACUAAUAUCCCACCUAAGUAAAUUAGAAAUAAAACAAGCGAUAAGAAAGAACCCCCGAAGUACGCCACUAACCCACAACCUGCCCCAGCAGCAAAUACUACACCUAGGGCAGCGAAAUAUGGAGAGGGAUUUGAAGCUACGGCAGCAAACCCCAAAAUCAAACUAAUUAAUAAAACUAUUAAAACAUAUGUCAUUGUUUAUACUCGGAUUUUAACCAAAACCAGUGGCUUGAAAAACCACCGUUGUAAUUCAACUAUAUAAACUAAUGGCCAACCUACGCAAAACUCACCCCCUGUUAAAAAUCGCCAAUGAUGCUCUGGUAGAUCUACCCACCCCCUCAAAUAUCUCCCUUUGAUGAAACUUCGGCUCCCUUUUAGGACUUUGCCUGAUCUCUCAGAUUGUAACUGGCCUCUUCUUGGCAAUACACUACACCUCUGAUAUUGCUACCGCUUUUUCAUCAGUCACCCAUAUCUGCCGAGAUGUUAACUAUGGCUGACUAAUUCGCAAUAUACAUGCUAAUGGUGCCUCAUUCUUUUUCAUUUGUAUUUACCUCCACAUUGCUCGAGGGUUAUAUUACGGGUCCUACCUUUACAAAGAGACCUGAAAUAUUGGUGUAAUACUUCUAGUUCUUGUAAUAGCAACAGCUUUCGUAGGUUAUGUUUUACCUUGAGGACAAAUAUCGUUUUGAGGUGCUACCGUUAUCACUAACCUUUUGUCUGCUGUGCCUUAUGUAGGCACUGAUUUAGUACAGUGGAUUUGAGGGGGUUUCUCUGUGGAUAACGCUACUUUGAACCGAUUUUUUACAUUUCACUUCCUACUCCCAUUUAUAGUAUUAGCUGCCACCCUUGUUCACCUUCUAUUUUUACAUGAAACAGGUUCUAAUAACCCCGCGGGAUUGAACUCAGAUGUAGACAAGAUCUCCUUCCACCCGUACUUUUCCUUCAAAGAUCUUUUAGGGUUCGCAGCACUGAUGUUAUCACUCGUUGCCUUGGCUUUAUUUUUACCCUAUUUACUAGGAGAUCCUGAUAAUUUCACACCCGCCAACCCUUUAGUUACCCCUACUCAUAUUAAACCAGAGUGAUACUUUUUAUUCGCAUACGCCAUCCUUCGAUCCAUCCCUAAUAAGUUAGGAGGUGUGUUAGCCUUACUAUCAGCUAUCCUGGUAUUAGCACUUGUCCCCUUCCUACACACCUCUAAACACCGAGGGUUGACAUUCCGCCCACUCACACAAGCUCUGUUUUGAUUACUAGUUGCCGAUGUUAUAAUCUUAACAUGAAUUGGAGGAAUACCUGCUGAACCUCCUUACAUUAUCGUUGGGCAGCUGGCCUCAAUCGCUUAUUUUUCGAUCUUCCUAGUACUAAUGCCCUCAGCAGGGUAUAUUGAAAACAGCAUACUCGAAUGAGAAU